GACAGUUGUUUAUCAACGUUUGUUUGUAUUUACGCCGAUUUACGCCUUUGCAAGCGAAGUUUUUUUUUCACGAUAAAAUGGUUCAACGACUGCUAUAAUUGUUAAGUUUUUUUAUUAUUAAGGUGUACUAGUGUGAGAAACUAUCUUUGUAUCCGUGAAUGUUCCAUUAUUAAAAUCUACAUCUACAAUGGCAAUGGCCGGCCAGUCUCCUCGCUAUGGGCCCCCUCCGGUGCCACCCAUGCGGCAGUAUGGAAGCCCAAAUUAUCCACAAAGACCGGGACCCGGGAGUUACAAUCAGCAGCCAAACAUGAUGCCACGUCAGCCACAACCUCCAUAUAAUCAAAUGCGUCCACAAAUGACACCACCCGUUGGAAACAAAAGAGGCCUUGGAGGUGACCCAAGACCACCUCAGCCUGGAGUUAAAGGCAGGGAUUAUGCACAUGCCAAUUCUUCCAGUGGACCACCGAUGUCUUCGAAAAAGAAAAAGAAAUUGGCUGAUAAAAUACUACCACAGAAAGUGAGGGAUCUGGUUCCUGAAUCUCAGGCUUACAUGGAUCUAUUGGCUUUUGAGAGGAAAUUGGACUCCACCAUAAUGAGAAAACGACUGGAUAUUCAGGAAGCUCUUAAGAGACCUAUGAAACAGAAGCGAAAACUCAGAAUUUUCAUAUCAAACACUUUUUACGCUGCUAAAGAACCAGGCCCAGAAGGAACAGGCGAAGAGGGCAGUGUUGCAUCCUGGGAACUGCGAGUAGAAGGUCGGCUCCUCGAAGAUUCCAAAAGCGAUCCAAACAAGUUCCAGCUGAAACGGAAGUUCUCAUCAUUUUUCAAAUCUCUUGUCAUAGAAUUAGAUAAGGAUUUAUAUGGUCCUGAUAACCACCUUGUUGAAUGGCACAGAACGGCAACGACGCAAGAAACUGACGGUUUCCAGGUGAAACGACCGGGAGAUAAGAAUGUGCGGUGUCAAAUUCUUUUACUUCUUGACUAUCAACCUUUACAGUUCAAAUUAGACGCCAGGUUAGCGCGACUACUUGGUGUACAUACGCAAACUAGACCUGUUAUAAUAAGUGCUCUUUGGCAAUAUAUCAAAACUCACAAAUUACAGGAUAAUCAUGAACGAGAGUGGAUUAACUGUGAUAAAUACCUUGAACAAAUUUUCUCUUGCCCGAAAAUGAAGUUUGCAGAAAUCCCUCAGCGGCUAAAUCCCCUACUCCAUCCACCAGACCCAAUCGUUAUCAACCACAUGAUCAGCGUUGAAGGCACUGAACAGAAACAGACGGCUUGCUAUGAUAUCGAUGUGGAAGUAGAUGAUACGCUGAAGCAGCAAAUGAACAACUUCCUUCUCUCGACGGCAAGCCAGAUGGAAAUCCAGAGUCUUGAUAACAAGAUUCACGAGACAGUUGAGACUAUCAAUCAACUUAAAACCAAUCGCGAAUUCUUCUUGAGCUUUGCCAAGGAUUCUCAGCAAUUCAUCAACAAGUGGAUUAUUUCACAAACACGGGACCUGAAGACGAUGACGGAUGUUGUCGGAAAUCCAGAAGAAGAAAGGCGUUCUGAGUUCUUCUUCCAGCCUUGGGCCCAAGAAGCUGUCUGUCGGUACUUCUACACUAAGGUACAACAAAAACGGGUUGAGCUUGAACAAGCCCUGGGGAUUCGGAAUGGUUAAUUCUCUCAAAAUUCUUAUCAGAUAGUACAAAAAAUUGCUAAUUUCUCAAUCCCCUGGGCGGAGGAAAAAAUGAGAAGAAAUUAGAAAAAUUGAAAAACCCAACCUAACAAAACUCAUGGAUCAACAACAAAUCUACGUAAAUUUCUAUGUGCAAAGCUCACAGACCUGUAGAAAGAAGAAAACAACUUUCCCGGCAGUUGCUUGAAUUUUUCAAGUAUUUCAGAAACUGAACUUGCUAUUGAAGAUGAAUAUUCCAGUGGGUUUAGAAACAAUGUUUACGUGUAUCAAUAAAACAAAACCUCGACGGGAAAUCAAAAUCAACAAGAUGGCCAUCUCCAUUUUCUGGUUUUUUUAGUUUAAAUUAUACAGUAUGUUACCUUGAAUCGCUAGUGUUAAAUGCAUCACUGCACAGAGACCUACCAAACUUAAAAAUGACUUUAAAAUUUUGUUACGCACCAAUUAUUUGCCGGUAAAUGAUUUUAUAGAGGAGAUGCGUCUCGGCAAUUCCAGCAUUUGCAGACCUUGGUCGAAACGAUUCUCAAGCAUAAAGCAGCCCUUGUUAAAACCAAUUGUCCCUACUUUUAAAUUUACCGGUAAGAGAGGAGUAAUACAAUUCUAAAGUUAUUUUACAUUUUUAAAGUUUUGAAUGAGAUGUUAAAAGUUUUUCACCUUGUUUUUGGUGCAUCUAAUUUAUCAUCGUCAAGCAGGUUUCAAGUUUGAACCAAUUCACUGUUGAAGGAGUGUUAAAUUUUGAAAGUUUCAGUCAUAGAAGUCCAUGAAAUAAUCAUACAAAAAUUUGACUGGAUCCCUGAAAAGAGACCUUAUCUUUUGAAAGAAAAUUUUCCUUAAUUUUUGCAAAUGAGUGGAAGAAAAAAAGCUGGAAAUUUUGGCGCAAGUUUGACCCUAGAAUCUCAAAAAUUGAAGGAGAUAUUAGUCCUUAAGUCCGAGGACAAAUUUUUUAGGCUGUAGAAAAAGAAGGUUUAAGUUUUUGCUAAACGUCAAGGUCAGGUUCCCUUUUCACAGAUCCAGUCACCAAUUUAAAUUCUUCGGCAUAAUACAGACAAACGAAAUUACCAGGGUUGUCAUAUUGCUGUUUGUCAAGCCUCCAAAACUCUGCUGAUAGGGAGUAUAAAGUUAUAGAGGACUUUUACUGAUGACUAUUGGAGUUUAAAAAUGGCGAAUCUGAGCUGUUGCCGUGUUUAACUGUUUUAUAUAUCAUGCAGCUUUAUAGACAGAUUUACAGGGUAACAAUGCACAGAUUAGUUCUAGCAAAUUGUAUAAAGCUGAUUGUUCCCAAGAACAAGAACUUUUAAGCCCAAUUCAUACUAUCAAACUUUUCAUCCGACAAAAUUGAACGAAAAGUUGGAUGGAAAGUUGGACACAAAUAAAUUUGAUUCAAUUACUGUUCCAGUUUGAUAUCGCCAUCAACCUGCGGUUUGCGAAGAUAUAGCUUUGGCUCAUGUCAGUCAGAAGAUUUCGUUCCAACUUUCCAUCCAAUUGGCUGGAAGUUGGAUGGAAAGUUGAAUGUGACGUCACAUUCAAGUUUCUGUCCAAUUUUUCAUCAAAUUGUCGCUUUCUCUCGUCGGUAUCACACUGUCCAACUUUUCAUUCAUCAUGAUUGAACGAAAAGUUGUAUGAAAAGUUUAAUAGGAUGAAUUGGGCUUUAUGAUGCAAAUUCAGCCGACAGUGGUCUCGUGGCUGCAUAUUUUUUGGGGAUAUUUAAGAACCCUCUCAGAAAUUCCAAUCAUCAGUUCCAAAUGAUGGAGACUUUCUUUGAUUUCAUUAGCUUUUUGUUGCUCAAGACAAUCAAAGGUAGCUUUCAAGAGCAUUGGCCAAUUUUUAAUUCAAGUGAUUUUUAGUUUUGAAGUCUUUGAUACUACGAUUCAAAAUGGUAGCUUUCAAGAGCAUUGGCCAAUCUUUAAUUCAAGUGAUUUUUAGUUUUGAAGUCUUUGAUACUACGAUUCAAAAUGGUAGCUUUCAAGACCAUUGGCCAAUUUUUAAUUCAAGUGAUUUUUAGUUUUGAAGUCUUUGAUACUACGAUUCAAAAUUCUGACUAUGGAUUAUUCCUGUUAUUGCCUGCGAAUUCGAUUUUCUAAUAAACAGUCAUAUGGAAUUAAUCAAUUAUCCCAGUAAAAACUUUAUCCAAAUAAGAUUAGAUAUCUUCUUGUUGAAUAAAAUUAGAAUUUUAUAAUUUUGUUAAUCCUUCUCAUCUUUACAUUGAAAAUCAAACAUUUUUUUGUCCUAUCUAUCAGCAUUUAGUUUUUAUUACCUUUGUAAAAGAAAACAUUGUUUAUCAAUCAUCGUUGAGUGUUUCAUCGAAUGAUUGAGUCAUUUGUACAAAUUGUUCAAUAACUUGAGAGUUGACUCUCUGUCUAUCGUAAUAUUUGUUGGUGUGAAGAUAGCUUGUCGAUUUCGUCAAGAAGUGUGGUGCCAGUCCUGUUUAUAAUCAAUGUAAAAGGUUUUUUUUAUGCUUGAUAAAAUUACUUUUUCGAGCAGAUUGUUUAAUAAUGAAGUUGCAUUUAGUUAAGCUCUACGAAAUUUCCAGUGUUCUUAGAAUUUUUAAGUAAGAUUUCUGUGUGAAUUCUCCUGUUGCACUUGAAAAAAAUGCAGGGUUUUAUUACUGUCAUGCUUUUCUUGACAGGUAAAUAUUAAUGGUCAUCAUAUAAAAUUUCUGCGGUUUUCUUUGAGAAAUUAAUUCCUUUCAAGAAGCAAAUUCGGUACGAAUCUUACUAUCUUGAAUUCGUCCUUUCUUUCACAAAGGAAUGCUACUCGAUUACUCGUUUUUAGUCUUUUUUAUUAACAUUUUAUUUUUUAUAGAGAAAUCUCGCAUGAAUUAGUAUGAAAUUUUUUAUGAUUUUGCUCAACAUUGUUGAGAGAAGAUUUAAAAUUUUCAGUCGAAUUCGUUCGACUAUUCUCCCAUGAAAAAAUGAAAUGUUUGCAGAAAUACUGAAGUGGCAGAGUCGAGAUACAUUUCUUUGUGCCGGGAAAGACAAAUUUUACAGCAUUUGUAAAUUUAAUUACGAAUGUUGGGCCUGUCUAGGCACCAAAUUUUGAAGGAACUAAUUUGUAUUUGCCGAAGAAUGUUAUAGUACAGUAUAGUUACAUGUAAUCUUAAAAAGAAAUGUGAAUGAGUACUGGCUACUCGAUGAUACCUAUUUGAUCUUCUGUAAGAGGGAAGAACAUCACCUAAAAUAAUCUCUUGCCUUGUGUUUCUAAUCCACAGAACCGAAAGGCUUUACGCUCAGGAAAAAUUUUCUUUCUGUAAGUUUUAGUUUUAAAUCCAUUAUUUUUAAGUAUCUUCCCUGUAAUAUAUUGCUCAAUUAUUGAUUUGAGAAAAGUUCAAAGAGGCUCUCAUUCUUUGGUCCUCUCAAUGACCUCAUUUUUUUUUUUUCCCCCCUGUUUGUUUUUCUGUACCAAAUGCACAUUCUCUUGUUCUUCUCAGGAAUUCAGACUGAGGGAAAUCGCGCUGAAAAGCUGAAGCCUUGCCACUGACAGGUUUUGUCUUUUUGUUCUCAGGGGAGAAAGGCUAAAUCAUUACAAUACCUCAGGAACAAUACUGCUUAAGUCCAAUUCCUAAGAUUUCACAGAGAAAGGACAUAACGAGAAUCUGAAGUAAGGAACAUUUGAGUAGUCCAUUCUCGGAUUGCCAAAGUAGAGCUUUUGUGCCAAAUCUCACUAUCAGUUUAUGGAAAGGCGAUGCUGCAUUCUGUUUGGCCUUACAGGCUACAGCAUACUCAGAAACUUGUAUGUCGAAAUAACAUCGAAUAUUCAGUAUUGUUCCUCACUCAACAAUUUGUUUAAAACCAGAGCAAUGUUUUAGCCUCUCUCUCCUUUGCAGGUGUUGGCGCAGUGUAUGAGCCAACUCAAAGUGACCAUAAUCUCAUUAAUUAUUUUUUUGAAAAUCAAAUUGUACUUUUAGCUGUGAAUAUUUUUUUAAAGUUUGAUGUGAAAAUCCAAUAAAUGUUUCUCAACAGAA